AUGAUACACAUGGCUAUGAAGUUGAAGAGACAAUUGAAGAGGAAGGGGACAUCAAGGGGUAAAACUGAAUUGCUAAAAGAAAGGGAAGAAAAUGCUAGCAAGAAAAUGGAAUCCCAGCCAUCAAGAAGUCGAGACAUCAAAUGCUUUAGGUGUUUGGGGUCGGGGCACAUCACUUCCCAAUGUCCAAACAAAAGAGAGAUGAUUUUGCGGGAUAAUGGAGUGGUGGUAAGUGAAAGUGAGAUUGAUUAUGAAGGCAUGCCGAAAUUGGAGGAGGCUAGUGAUGGAGGCAGAGUGGAAUAUGCUGUUGGCGAGCUAUUAGUCACAAGGCGAGGCAGAUGA